GCCUUCAAGAGCGAUGUUGUACCAUUGUUAAGAUGUAGUUUAAUGGUUGGACUAAUUCAUUGCUUUGGAGAUUGGCCUAUGAGGGUAAGCAGGUGUUUGCUUGGCAUUCUAGGAGUUGAAAACGAAGCGGAAAUGAGCCACCAAGGAUCAAGGCAAAAGUCCGAAGAAUGAUGGUUUCCAAUUCCUCUAGUUGCUGUAUUGACAAAUAAUUCAGCGUGAACCAAUAACACAAUAGAAUACUAGUAAUUGAUUUCAUGUUUGAAGUCAAGAUGGCGGCUAACCUAACCAAUGGGAGUACUGAAGUUAUUGACGAUUCCGAUUGGCAAGCAGUGGAAAGUGUUGCCUUUGACAUCCAGACGUACUAUCUCUGGGUUAUAUUCGCCUUGGGAUUCCCCGGUAACUGUGCUACCAUCGUUACAGUCAUUAAGAUGUCCCCUGCCAGAUCGCUGACUGUAUACAUAGCGCUUUUAGCUGUUGUGGACAACUUAGCAAUCAUCAAUAAACUUCUAUUGUUUGUUUUGCUCGAUAAUGGAGUACAUCUCCAAGACGUUGGCUGCAAGAUUCUUGGGUACUUCGGAAACUUCCUCAUCACCUUUGCCAACUGGUUGCUCGUCGCCAUGUCCGUAGAAAGAUUCGCUGCUGUGUGGUUCCCGUUCAAAGUUGGCCAAAGCUGGACGUUUAAAAAGUCUCUUAUAGCAGUGGUUCUUGUGGCUCUACCCUUGAGUGUGUUGUUUCUUCACCUCUUCUGGACGAUAAAGUUUGUAACUGAAGGUCCAGGGAUGGUGUACUGUGAUGUAGAAGAGACGUAUCAACAUUUCAUGAUGCACAUUUGGUACUGGAUUAACGUAAUAGUGUAUGCGGUCAUUCCAUGUACCCUACUUCUUGUGUUCAACUGUUUGAUCGUGGGCGGUAUUAUUAAAUCGGGGAAAGCACAGAAAUACCUGAACAGUAACUAUGGCAGCCAGAAGAACUAUGGCAGCCAGAAGAGUAACCGCUGUGCUGAUCGCCACCGUCAGGUUACGAUCAUGUUAGUAACAGCAGCUAUCACCUUGGUGAUUUUGACAACACCGAGAUGCGUGAUUCUUGUUUUAACUCCGUAUUGGACCCCAGAGCAAAAUAGUAUGAAAGGGGCUGUAAAGUACCUUAUAGAUACACUGGCAUUUGUGUUGUGUGACGUGACACAUGCUAUUAAUUUUUAUGUCUAUUCUCUCAGCGCUAGAAGAUUUCGGUUUCAGUUUGGUCAACUAUUUAUGUGCCGAAGGCGAAAGAUGGCGCCAGCGAAUACACGGUAUUUCUCGCUAUCACCUCGAGCGUCUCUCAGAAUUCAAAUGUCUUUCGUUGGCGAAGAACAUGGCAAAAACUAAUAAAAAAAUAGUCUGAAGUUUUCAAAAAGCAUUGAAGACUAGAUUGGGGAUACUCUUAAGUUGGUAUUAUCUUGCACAAACUCAGCAUAAAUGUGUUUGUAUAUCCUACAGGUAUAUACCGGAAUUAUGAUAUUACCAAGUAUGUUGUGUUACAAUAAUUAGCUUGCGGUUGUUUUGUCCAUUUUGUAUGACAAUAUGUAUUGAAAUGGGCUCUCAAUGUCUUAUUGGCGUUUUAUCUUCGUAAUACUUCGGACCGCCUCCGUGGUCUUGUGGUAGAGCGUCCGCCCGGAGAGCGGAAGGUCCAGG